AUGGUAUGGUAUGGCACAUUAUACAAACUGUUAGGGAGGCCGAGAAAUCGUCAGACGGAAACGGAGACAGAGAGCGACAGCAAUGACGACGGUGCAGGCGGUGAUGGCGAACCUGACGGCGAUGGAGCGGCAAGUUCUGACGGCGGUGAACACCGGCGGGUCGAGUCUGUCGUUGGUGGGGUCUGGAUUCAUAGUGCUUUGCUACUUGCUCUUCAAGGAGCUCCGAAAGUUUUCCUUCAAGCUCGUCUUCUUCCUCGCCCUCUCCGAUAUGUGCUGCAGUUUCUUCAGCAUAAUUGGGGAUCCUUCCAAAGGGUUCUUUUGUUAUGCUCAGGGCUACACAACACAUUUCUUCUGUGUAGCCUCUUUUCUUUGGACUACUACAAUUGCUUUUACCCUUCACCGAACAGUUGUUAGGCAUAAAACUGAUGUUGAAGAUUUGGAGCCUAUGUUUCAUUUAUAUGUUUGGGGAACUUCAAUUGUCAUGACAGUUAUACGCUCUAUUGGCAAUGACCAUAGGCAUAUAACUCGUUUAGGAACCUUGUGUUGGGCACAAACAGGUCGUGCAGGAAAGGCAGUUCACUUUGUUACAUUUUACGCACCUCUCUGGGCUGCAAUUCUAUUCAAUGGCAUCACAUACUUUCAAGUAAUACGGAUGCUUAACAACGCAACUCGUAUGGCAGUUGGCAUGUCAGAGCAUGCAUACCAGUCCGAUGCACGACCAGACAUGAAGGCGAUUAGUCGAUGGGGCUACUAUCCGCUUAUUCUGAUAGGUUCAUGGUUUUUUGCCACAGUAAAUCGCAUACAUGAUUUUAUUGAACCAGACCAUAAAAUCUUUUGGCUUUCAGUACUUGACGUAGGCAUGGCUGCUCUUAUGGGUCUUUUUAACUCAAUAGCAUAUGGCCUCAACUCAUCAGUGCGACGGGCAAUUUAUGAAAGAUUGGACCUAUUGCCAGAAAGCUUACGCAGAUGGUUUCCCAAGAGCUUGAGGUCAAGGGCCCAACAGCAAGACAGUGAACUAAUUCCAUUAAAAGUUGAGAAUCAACAAUAGCACUGAGAUCUUUGCACUUGUACAUCCAUAUUUCCAUCACUAGGUGAUUUGGUGAAGGGGAAAUGUACUAAAGCAAGCAACCGAGAAACCUGCUCUGACGCCAUGUUUUGGCUCUACUCUUUGUGCAUAGAAGAUAAACGGUUUGUCUCACUCCUUCUGCUCACGUGCUCCUCUUCGGUUUCUUUUUCCAUAGAAUACAUUAAAGCUGAAUCAAAAUCUAUCAUUCUUUCUUUCGAAUUGGGCGAACGGCUGUGAUUUUCUACUGUAUUGGCAAGCUUCACAGCUGUAGGAUUAUCAUCAUAUUAAAAGGCAUCAGCAGUUGGCUAUGAUUAUGAGGUGUGCAUUCUUUAGAUGGAGAAGAAUACUCUUAGACUAAAAUCUGUAGUGAAUUUUCUUUUUCUUCUGACAUUAUUAUGUACUUCCUGAUUUCUCAAACAGAAUGUUAUAGACAUGUUUACACCUACACAACUCUACAUUUUAUCAUUUUCUUACAGUAACA